UUGGCGUUCACCGUUCGCGUUUACUCGCCGUUCACCGUUCGAGUUCGCAUUCGCGUUCGUCUGGAAGCCACGUUGCUCUGCUUCAAACUCUGCGACCAACCCGCGCGCUCCACCUAGCCGACGAACUGCUCUCUUUUGUCGCCGCCGUGAGUUCCCUAAACCCGCCACCAGACAAUACACUCACACAACACCAAUACUCUGCUUCAAACUCUGCAACUUCUGAUUUCUAUUACAAUAAAUUGACAUUUUUGGUGGUAAAAGAAGAAGAUGCAGCAGAGAAAAACAGGGUUGGGGAGGCCAUCUGGAACUGAUGGCUCAGAUUACUCAUACCGUAUGGUUGUUGAUUCAAGAUAUCAGUUAGUUGCAAAGGGCAAGCAACGCCUUUCUCGCCUAUUUAUCUUUCAGGGUCUAUUUUUAUUAAUGGGAGUGAUAUUUGCAGUUUUGCCAGCAAUGAAAAAGGAUACUCCAAAUAGAGUUGCCCUUUCUUCCGCUCUUGUUAGUUUCAUUUCUCUUGCCAUUGCAGAAAUAGGUCGAAGACGAAGCCGGGCCAGUUUGUUGAGAUUUUAUAGUGUGAUAUCAUCUCUUGCUGUGGUUUCGUUGACCAUGUCUCUAGUUAAGCAGUAUUCUCUGCUGAAGGCCAUCCAGGAUUUUGGUUUGAAAGGAACAAGCAUGUUUGAUGCUGAUAACUUUCCUGGCUUUCAAGUUGGUUUGCUGGUAUAUAUAUUCUCACUAUUGUUGUUUAAGAUUAUUACCAUCAAAGCAGUUACUUCCCUUCUUUAUAACAUGUCCCCUCCCAAGAAAGCAUCUUAGUCUUUCAUCAAGUUUUGGGACCAAAUCCAAAAUACCGUCAGAGUAGCAAUGUUACGAGGUUUUUAAUUCACGUGGACAGGAUAGCCUGAGAUAUAUUUGCACGGAAUAUUUUUGUUAGUUUUGAAUUAGGAUGAGUUUGGAUUAGCUUUUGAUUAAAGAAAAAAAGCAAUUGUGUUUGUAUAAAACAAAGUAGGUGUUUUUCCGGUAGACAAUUAAUUAACUUUUUAAAUAAGCAAUAUAUCAUUUAAAAUAAAAGAAUA